AUGGCUACCUGCUCACCUGCUCCUCCUGUGGAUGCUGAACAACAUCUCUGAGUCCAGAGUAUAUUUCUUUGCUCCUGAUGCUGUCACACUAGAGGAAUAUUCUAAAGCCAACAUCACCAUAACUUCAAGUUCCCCCAUCAACAAUUCAGCUGUGAUUCACUUAAAUGUAACCUACAGCUCCAAAUGGAACUACUCAUCUAUAAUCACAGUGCCUGACCAGGUGUUGCUGCCACUGGAGGCAACCUCAGUCAGUUUCAAUGUGACUACCCAUGAUGUCGGUCAGGUGACUACAUAUGUGCUUAGCAACAACACAGACCUCAACAGGUUGGUAUAUGUGACAUGAGACGUAACGUUUUCUGUUUUCAUUAAUUCCAACCUGUCCGCUGUUCCAUCAGUGAUUGGCUGGAUUUACUUGGCUUGGUCAGUGUCCUUCUAUCCACAAGCCUGGGAAAACUGGAGGAGGAAAAGUGUUGUAGGUCUCAACUUUGACUUCCUGGCUCUCAACCUAACUGGCUUCAUCGCAUACAGUGUCUUCAAUAUAGGGCUGUUCUGGGUUCCUUAUAUAAAGGAGGAGUUUUUGAAGAGGAACCCAAAUGGAAUAGACCCUGUCAGUGCUAAUGAUGUCUUCUUCAGUCUCCAUGCAGUCCUGCUGUGUUUCAUCUACAUCAUCCAGGCUGCUGUGUAUGAGAGGGGGGGUCAAAAGGUUUCCUGGACAGCCAUAAUCUUGUUGCUUAUUGGUUGGACAUUUGCCUUGGUCAGCCUGUUUCUUGCUGCAGCCAAACAGAUCACCUGGUUGGAUUGCCUCUACUAUUUCUCCUACAUUAAACUAGCAGUCACUCUGAUCAAAUAUGCGCCACAGGCAUACAUGAACUACAGAAGACAGAGUACUGAGGGGUGGAGUAUUGGCAAUGUGUUGCUGGACUUUACUGGUGGAACUCUUAGUAUUCUACAGAUGAUCCUAGAGUCUUACAACAAUGACGAGUGGAGGCUGAUAUUUGGUGAUCCCACAAAGUUUGGUCUCGGUCUGUUCUCUGUGGUGUUUGACGUCCUCUUCAUGACUCAGCACUACUGUCUCUACAGACAGCCACCACAGUAUGAAGCUGUUGGAGAGCAACAAGAGGACUGAUGCUGACUCGGUGCUGUGUGGAUAAACUCGUGUCUGAUUUGUAUCCAGCUUGAGCUCAGUGGGCCGCCUCCUUAAAUAUCUCAGGAUCAGCACUUGUUGUUUACCACUGUAUGAAACUUUUUUGGUUGAUAGAAGGUACAAGAAAAACUGUUGUAUUGAUAAUAUAUAUAUAUAUCACAGCUGAAUCAAAAUAGUAUUUUUGGAUAAUAUAAUUAAGGAUAGGAGAGUGUGUUUUUCGAAAGGGUACAAUGGAGGUGCUUUUUGUCUUUUCACCUUUCUAUUUUUUGAGUUAUAUAUAUUUUUUGUCCCCGCGACCCGAUCCCGGAUAAGCGGAUGAAGAUGGAUGGAUGGAUGGAUCUUUUUUGUGCAUGUAAUAGAUUAGCCAGGUGGAACUCCCAAAGGGAGUUCCCAUCUCCCACAGAAAACACUGCUCUGAACUGCUUGAAAACAGUUCGUUUGUAGUCCAGCCUUUACUUCCAUAACCAAGUUCUGUCACUUUGUAACAAUCAUCCUUAUGCUUGCUUAGCUGCUAGUCAAGCACACCUCAAAAAUACUGGUGGAAAAUCACACUGAGCUGCAGAACACACAGUCACAAGUUGUUAAAAGUGUUAAAGUGCAAUUUAUACUUCUGCGUCAAAUCGACGGUGUAGGUGACGGCGUAAGCUACGGGGCUACGCAGAGGGCUACGCCGUCGCCUCAUGCGCACCUCCUUCAAAAUGUAACUACACCUCGAGUCGACGUGGACCGUAAGCUCUGUGAUGGUUAGAUGCUUUAAAGUAACAUUACUAGCGGCAAAAACGGCGGCUGUAACACAGUGAAUCAAUAUAUUUGACCGUCGCAACCCGAGCGAAAUGACUCGUUUCGCUAUUAGAAUGUGAUCCAUUCGGUCGGUAACAUUUGAAAAGGCUACACCAGCAGCACAUAUACAAUUUUACCCCCAUUUACAUUAGCGGAGCGCUAAACUGGAAGUUAGCCUGCUCGGCCGGCAAAAGUCAACACAGUGGACGCUGUAGCGCUACUGCCGACUAGCGUUUGGGGGUUUAACUGCAGAAUGACGGAAACACCUACGCACAAGUAUAAAUGCAUGGCUACGUGCGUACCUAGGCCAUAGGCUACGCACGUAGACCCUACGCAGCAGUAUAAAUGAGCCUUAAGCCUACUCUUGUUGCCUGACCAUUAAGAGCUUUGUAUGUGAGAAGAAGGAUUUUAAAUUCUAUUCUGGAUUUUACUGGGCAGUGCAGAGAAGCUAAAACAGGAAAAUAUGAUCUCUUAUCCUGGUUCCUGUCAAAACACUUGCAGCAGCAUUCUGAAUCAGCUGAACUGGUCUUAUUUGAGCAGGCUUGAUAAUAAAGAAUUGUAAUAAUUCAGCCUAGAAGUAA